CCAAGAUCUCCUACAAUAAAAAACAGAGUAGAAUAAACAAAUAAUAAACAAGAUUUAAUACAGGUUGGAUCUAACACAAAAACACAUCAGCUUAAAACAAAUUAGGAGUAGAAAUUUCAAUCAAUUUAUUUUAAUAUCAAACAAAAAAACAAUCGUAAGACUAACACGUCCUCCAUUUUCUCUUCCAAUCAAAAUAAAAAAAAGAACAACAGACAUUGGCGCCAACAAUACCAGGGAACAGAUCUAAUAAUAAGUAAAAACCACCCGAAUUUCUUCUCCUUUCUCAAUUGUUUUGUUUAAUCAAAUAAAAUUAAUCACAAUAUGAACGGCGGAGAUGCGGAGGACGCCAGGGCGGAGCUCAAAAAACCGUUUCUCCAUACGGGUAGUUGGUAUCGGAUGAACCCGAAUUCUGCCGGGAAGGAUCCGAUUAGUAGUUUUGGUAGUGGGGGUAUGAUGCCGUCUAGACAAUCUAGCCUAUUUGGUUCCAUUGCUAAUAUGAAAGAAUCCGCCAUUUCUAUUGUUUUUUGUGUUUUUGUUGUCGCCCUUGGUCCAAUUCAAUUCGGGUUCACCUGUGGGUAUUCAUCACCAACACAAUCAGCCAUCAUAAAGGAUCUUGACCUUAAAGUCUCUGAGUUCUCACUGUUUGGAUCAUUGGCUAAUGUGGGAGCUAUGGUGGGGGCAAUUGCAAGUGGUCAACUUUCUGAAUACAUGGGACGCAAAGGGUCACUGAUGAUUGCUUCAAUCCCUAACAUUAUAGGAUGGCUAGUCGUCUCAGUUUCGAGAGAUAUUUCAUUUCUUUACAUGGGCCGAUUGUUGGAAGGAUUUGGUGUUGGCAUUAUUUCAUACACGGUACCUGUUUAUAUAGCUGAAAUAGCACCUCAAAACAUGAGGGGAAUGCUUGGAUCAGUAAACCAGCUUGCUGUUACCAUCGGUAUAAUGCUCGUUUACCUGUUGGGAAUCUUUGUUGAUUGGAGAGUACUUGCAAUUAUAGGAAUCUUGCCUUGUUCUGCAUUGAUACCCGGACUAUUUUUUGUACCAGAAUCUCCUCGCUGGCUGGCAAAAAUGGGGAUGAUGGAAGAAUGUGAAGCAUCUUUGCAAGUUCUAAGAGGAUUCGAUACGGAUAUUUCAAUUGAAAUGAACGAAAUCAAAAAAUCUGUGGCAUCAUCCAGCAAAAGAACAACAAUUAGCAUUGCACUUCUCAAGAGGAGAAGAUACUGGUUCCCAUUAAUGCUAGGCAUUGGAUUACUUUUACUUCAGCAACUCAGCGGCAUUAAUGGCAUUUUGUUCUAUUCCCGCACCAUAUUUGAGAGGGCAGGAAUCUCUGAGGGUGCUGUUGCCACAUUUGGUCUUGGAAGCAUUCAGGUCUUAGCUACUGGAGUUGCAACCUGGCUGAUGGAUAGGGCCGGCCGAAGGAUUCUUCUUAUAGUAUCCUCAGCUGGAAUGACUGCUAGCCUCCUCCUUGUAGCAGUUGCAUUUUAUCUAGAGGGUAUGGUAGCAAAAGACUCAGUUUUGCACAGCACCUUGAGCAUACUCUCCGUCGUAGGCCUCGUGGCAAUGGUGGUUUCCUUUUCAUUGGGCAUGGGACCUAUUCCUUGGCUUAUUAUGGCUGAGAUUCUUCCGGUCAGUAUAAAAGGACUUGCUGGGAGUGUAGCGACAAUGGCAAAUUUCCUGACGUCCUGGGGCAUCACAAUGACUGCAAACUUGCUGCUUGGCUGGAGUAGUGGAGGAACCUUUGCAAUUUACACAUUCUUUGCUGCUUUUACUGUGAUAUUUGUAACAGCAUGGCUUCCAGAGACGAAAGGGAAGACGCUCGAAGAAAUUCAAGCAUACUUCAGAUAAGAUAACGUUGCGUGCAUACAUCCGUGUGGUUUUUACAUCUUGUGCAGCAUAGUUAUACUACACCAUUUUUUAACAAGGAAAAUUAUUUGUUGUACAAAAUGAGUACGGAAGGGGGAACAGUAUUUACAAUAUUGAUUCUGAAAAACAUUUCGAUUGGAUUAUUUUCUUAAUCGUUGUACAAAUAAUACACAUCAUAAAUAAAUAUAUAUUUCGAUAAAACGUUUUUCUUUUUUUGACGGUUAUUGAUUCGAAUUCAAAAACAAUGCAAAUACGAAAUCGAAAUCCACUCUUAGUUAUCUAGAAACGGCUAGUUCUACAAA